AUGGAGUACCUUGCCAUUUGUGAUGAGUGUUACAUUACAGAAAUGGAGAAACUACUGAAUGAAAAAGGGGAAUUCACUAUUGAAACUGAAGGGAAAACAUUUCAGUUAACAGGAGACAUGGUCAAUGUGAAGAGAUUCCAGAAAACACUACAUGUGGAAGAAGUUGUUCCGAAUGUAAUCGAACCCUCCUUCGGGCUGGGCAGGAUCAUGUAUACAGUAUUCGAACAUACAUUCCACGUGCGUGAGGGAGACGAGCAGAGAACGUUCUUCAGUUUCCCGGCCGUGGUAGCACCAUUCAAAUGCUCCGUCCUCCCGCUGAGCCAGAACCAGGAGUUCGUGCCAUUUGUCAGGGAAUUAUCGGAAGCCCUGACCAGGAACGGCGUCUCCCACAAAGUAGACGAUUCCUCUGGGUCCAUCGGAAGACGCUACGCCAGGACUGACGAGAUCGGCGUGGCUUUCGGCAUCACCAUCGACUUUGACACCGUGAACAAGACCCCGCACACGGCCACCCUGCGGGACCGGGACUCCAUGCGGCAGAUCCGAGCUGAGGUCUCCGAACUGCCCGCCGUCGUCCGAGACCUGGCCAGCGGCAGCCUCUCGUGGGCCGACGUGGAGGCCAGGUACCCUCUCUUUGAGGGGCAAGAAACUGGUAAAAAGGAGACAGUGGAGGAAUGA